AUGAAGGUUAUUGUGAUAUUUGCUUGUCUCUUCUGUGCAAUCGUUGCAAAUCCAAUUACCAUCAAAAUCAAUUUGGAUUCCUCAGAGAUAAAUACGAACUCGACAGAGACCUUGUUCAUUGCACAAUCAUCUGGAAAUGAGACCUCUGGCAUUCAGAGUUCUGAGUCAGAAUCUUCAGAAUCUGUAGAAUCAGCAUCUAGUGACAAUACAUCAGAAGAAAGUGACUCACUUGAAUCAAAUGAGAACUUGGAGAUGCUGGCUGAAACAAGAGAUGACAGCAUGGGCAGUGAAGAGAACAUUAGAAAGAGCUUUGUUCAAGUCUAUUCGACAGUUGCACAAAACAACAGCGUAGAGGACAACAGCACUGAAGUGAAGCAGCCAGAGCUUCUCGUCAAAUUAUCAGAAAAGCAGCCCAUCUCAGCCCCUACUGCGAAGACGAUGAAACAGAAGGUGUUGUCACUGCUAGAAAGUAAGACCACCGGAGUGAGUUCCUCCAGCAGCGAGAGCGCAGAGAUCCCCAGGACCACGGGCCUCAUUACCGUCACUGCUGAUAGUAGCGAGAGCAGCGAGAGCAAUGAGACUUCCUCCUCCUCCUCCGAGUCCAGUGAAAGCUCGCACAGCUCGCAAAGUGACGAAAACAGCAACAGCAGCAACACCAGCGCAGAGGUACGCAACAUUACGCAGUGCGUGAACGGCACCCAGAGCUGCGAGAGUGAAGAGUACUUCUUCCAGGACAUUGGAGAUGACGCAAAUUAUUCUUUUGACAACAUGAUGGUGCCUGAUGAGGAUGAACGGGAGCUAAGCCUCAGAAGAUAA